AUGACUCUUACAUCAGCUACAUUGAAAAUAAAUAUGGCAGCAUUAAAACAUAAUCUUAAUCAUUUCGUCGACAUCUUGAAUUCAAAGAAUACGAAGAUUAUGAUAAUGGUAAAGGCUUUUGCAUAUGGUCUUGGUUCCGUACCAAUUGCUCAAUGGAUACAGAAAACAAGUCUCGUCGACUAUUUGGGUGUGGCUUAUGUUAGUGAAGGCGUACAGCUACGCCAUUCUACUGAUAUCUAUUUACCUAUUAUGGUCAUGGUUGUUAUUGAGUACGAAUUUGAAACGUGUCGUCAGUUUAAUCUCGAACCUGUUAUAUAUUCAAUGCAUAUUUUUGACAAGUUUCUUGAAUUUCUCCAGCAAACCGAAGGCAAGAAAACCGUUGCAUUAUAG